AUGGAUACAAGUAAUGGGAAUCUUCAGACAUUUAACAAUAUAUCUGGAAUAGUCAUCACUCAUAAGAUUGAUGCACCCAUUUUAGCUGUCUGUUGCCAAACUGUUUUUGGCAAGUCUACAAUUAUCUGUUCCUCUUUCUUCCUGAUAUUUUGGUUAUUAUCAUGCAGCCGCCAUCCUUCUGUCAAAUGGGCUCAGAGGUCUGAUGUUCUCUACUUAACAGUUGAGUUGCCUGAUGCUAAGGAUGUUAAGCUCAAACUGGAGCCAGAAGGAAAAUUUUACUUUUCUGCAACUGCUGGUUCAGAAAAGAUUCCUUAUGAAGUUGACAUUGAUCUGUUUGACAAGAUUGAUGUAGAUAAUAGCAAAGCUAGUGUGGGUUCAAGAAACAUCUGCUACUUGGUAAAAAAGGCUGAGAACAAGUGGUGGGACAGAUUGUUGAAGCAAGGAGGGAAAUCUCCAGUCUUCCUGAAAGUUGAUUGGGAUAAAUGGGUAGAUGAAGAUGAGGAGCAAGAAAGUCAACCUGCAGAUGACUCGGACUUUGGCGACCUUGAUCUUUCUAAGUUGAACAUGGGAGGGGGUGAAGGCUUGGAUUUUGAUGCUGCAGGCAAUGAUGAUGAUGAUGAGAGUGACACAGAAGAGGAGGAGGAUGCAGCAGAAGCAUCUACUAGUAAUGAACUAGAUACGAAGGAUGUCGUCAGCACCGAUCCAAAGGACACACCUGAUUCUAAAGCUACAACAGUUCGGUAG